AUGUCGGAACGUUCGCAGGCCAAAUCCAAACACGUUUCCCAGGGUCCGUUGUCUACAUGCAUCCCAUCUAGCCAUUCAUAUCUGACCGAGUAUCGACCCCAGGAAAAUGCCGAUGCCCGCUGGACUAGAUUGGUCAAGACCACAUACACAGACCCCUUGGGUGUCGAGCGGACCUGGGAGUCUGCGGAACGACAAACUCGUCCCGCCAAUUGCGAGAUCGAUGGUGUUGGCAUCGUCACCAUCCUCAACAAGCCCACGGGCCCGGAAUUACUUUUGCAAAAGCAAUAUCGUCCUCCCAUCGAUAAGGUCGUCAUCGAGGUACCCGCCGGCCUGAUCGAUGCUGGCGAGACUCCCGAGCAAUGCGCUGUUCGCGAGCUCAAGGAGGAGACGGGGUACGUGGGCGUGGCGGAGCUGACGAGUCCGAUCAUGUACAACGAUCCCGGCUUCUGUAACACGAACUUGAAUAUGGUCCAUGUCCGUGUGGACAUGAGUCUGCCGGAGAACCUGAAUCCUAAGCCGGAGCUUGAGGAUAAUGAGUUUAUCGAGUGCUUCUCUGUGCCCUUGGCUUCUCUAUAUGAGGAGAUGAAGAGGCUCGAGCGGGAGGGGUAUGCUAUUGAUGCUCGGGUUGGCACUCUUGCGGAGGGGAUGGAGUUGAUGAAAAAAUGGAGGCUGUAA